CGUAAACACCGAAUGGGAGUAGUUUCUUCCAUCUUUUUCUGAUAUUUAGAAGUGUCAAACAAGGUCUCUUCAGUGCAACAUGUGCCAUUAAUAUUUAAUGAGAGUUCUGCUAGUUCUGCCUACUACCAAGUGCUCUUUCUCUUGCAAGUAAGUCUACUUAUAUUAUACGUACAGUACUCUGUGACAAAGAAAAAUUAUUUCAAGUUACAGCAGGUCAUGUUAACCCAGGCUCAUUGAGAUUGAACAUUACCCAACUCACUCCAAAUCAAUCUAUUUACCUUAUUUGAACCUAACCAAAUUUUAGUGAAAAAUUUUCUCCCUUUUUUUUUCUUAAAAACUUUUUGCACCUAUUAUUACUCUAUAUGGGAAAUUAGUAGACAACUAUUGCCUCAUAGGUCUAUUGAGACCCUCAAGCACCGAAAAAACAAUCACCACCAACAAUGAUGAUCCUCCUCCAGUUUGAAAUGGUUAUCUGGGUUCUCUUCCAGUAAAUGUGACUCUUGAUUUAAAACAUCCUACCACCUGAUUCAUAAUCUUCCUCUAGGCCUUCUUCCUCCUAGAUUUCUUAGGUAAUGUACUGUACUACUUUAAUAUAUUUGUUAUUGACAUGGAAGACUUUAACCACCUAUUUUAGCCUUGACGUUCUUACACAUCUAUACAGUAUUGCCAUCUACAGUAUUGACUUUCUUGUUAUAAAUUGGGUCUGCAUAAUCUUUUUAGGAUGUUAAUUUUAUACCACAACUUGUUUAACUUCUAAAGUGUCACUCACACUUCCAUGUAUCUGCUGCAUAUGUUAACUCUGGCAAAAUCAUGACUUCAUACAGCAUGACAUUGGUUUCUUGAUAGGAGCCUUGCCCUAAGCAGAUUAUUGAGUGCUACUGCAGCUCAACUAUUGUGGCUGCACUGAUUCAAGUAUCCACUACAAGGCUGAUGUCAUUAUUGGGAGAUGUAAUUGAUCCAAGCUACUGACAACUACAGUACUAAGAAGAAAAUGGCAUCAGAAUAUAGAGACUGUACCCAACGUUGUUGUGAUCCUUUCAAAACUCACAGGAAAAUUGUUCUUAGCAGUUUGAGGCCCCUUCCAAGACUGUUUGUAGAAACUAGUGAUCCCAUAUAUAAUUUCACACAAUCAUCAAAAAUCUGCACAAACUGUUUGAAAAAAAUCAAUAAGUGUGAUGAACCUCAUAAAUUAUUUAGAAAAGUGGAAAGUUCUGGAAGUGACUCUUCUUAUACAUCUAACUCUUCACCAAUGUGGAGACAUUCACUCAAGUGGCCUGAUAAAAAUAAAGAAAUCCAAAGGAGAGAUGACUGUGAUUUCCCUCUGAAAAUGUAUACCGGAGCUGAGACCAGUAAAGAAACACAACACAUUUCUCCACAUAUAGCAGCUCACAAGUCUUUUGCGGCACCUACAACCAUUGCAUCUACUCUGCCCCCUCUACCCCCUCUACCCUCUGUGGCAGUUCCUGGGUCAGGACCCCAGGACUUUGCACACCUGUCUACUACACAUAAGAGUGGGUUGAGUGCUCACAUCCCUACUUACAGAGUGGGCAUACAUGAUGCACCUUUUCUGUUGUCUCGUCAUGGCCACUCCAGCCACUCCCACUUCUCCAAAAAUACCCCACAAGAUUUAUCUGCUCACUCUACAGCUGGAGCAGAAAAGGCAAUUCCCAUGGAGUUGACACCCCAUACCUCAUCUCACUACAAACCCUUGCCUCACAUUCAAACAGUUGUGAGUCAAGGUGUGAACAAUAGUCCAGUUGGGACACUCAUGUCAGCAUACCAGGCUGACAGAUUAUCCCCAUAUUACCGUGUUCCAGAUUCACUCAUAAACCUCCAGGGUCCGUCUGCUGUAUUGGUCUCUUCUUUUGGGGGAGAAGUUGGAGUUUCAACACCCCACUCCAUCUCUCAGACCACUUCCCUAGUACAUGCACAGUCCACCAUGUCGGCACAAAACUCCGCUACUAACCUGACGACCAUGCCAGGUGUGUCUUUGGCAGCGUCUGUAUCUUUACCAGGUGGUAUGAGCCCAGCUGUUAAUACAACAGUGUCACAGAGUUCCUUACUACCAACCGACUGUGUUGCGACUCCUACUGUGUCAUCUGCUUGUGCAGUAUCUCAGGCAGAGGUUAAGAAAAAGAGAAAUGAGCAUUUGGAACAAUUGAAAAUGUCUACUGGGCAGGGAGGUGAUGGAUCCCAACAGACAGUUGGGCCUCACAGAGACCUAGUGCGUCAAGCACUCCAGGCAGUUGUCACACAUCCUCAACACAAAACUGGUAAUGACCAAGAAGUAAUUGAAUACAACUACACUGCUGGUGAUAUUGCAGAACUGCUGAUGAUGAACAUUCAGGUAAAUGCAUCACUCCAGGCAAUGAACAAAAAUACUGUUCCACCAGAGCCGGGAACUGGGCAAGUGCUUCUUCUUCAACCAGCAGCUGUUGAUGACACAAACUGCCUGCAGCCACAACUAACCUCCCCAAAGCAGCGCCGUCGCUCCAGGCUGACGGACGAGGCUCAAGUUGAACGCCGAAUUAGAAUUGCUUUGCGUAUGAGGGAAAAACGAGCAGAAGAGUCGGAGGAGCAGAAGAGGUUACGCAGGAUCAGAGAAGCAGAGCGUAUGCGGCAUAAAAGAGCAACCGAAGAUGAUAUUCAGAAAAUAAGAAGACGACAGGAUGCAGCAGUGCGUGCAAGAAACCGUCGUGCUUCCAUGUCUCCAGAAGAACGAGUAAUUGAUAGGCAGAAAGCAGCAGACCGUAUGAGAUUAAGACGUGCCACAGAGAGUGAUGACCAAAAGGUUAUACGUCGCUUAAAGGCAGCAGAGCGAAUGAGGAAAAGAAGAGCUAGUGAAACUCCAGAACAGCGUUCAUUACGGCGGCAAAAUAUUGCUCUUAGAAUGAAAGCGCGACGAAGGAGAAAAGAUGAAGAAAGUUUAAAUGGUGAGGAGUCUGAAAUGUUGACUCGUAGUUUAAGUUCUAGAUUAAUUAAAAAUGAAAUUUUUGGGAACAAUGUAGUGCAUCAUGAGAAUUCAGAUGGUGCAAAUGUGAACAUGAAUCAGGCAUCACACAUUUCCACCCCUCAGCUUGUUACACCAACAUCUCAUAUUCUAGUGCCAUCGAGUCUAGGUAUGGGUGGAAGUAUUGCACUGCUACAUGUAGAUCCAUCUAUACCUUCUCUGUCAUUAGGACAUGGACCAUCUGGGAUUUCUACUGUUGAUAUGACCCAGUUGACUCACCCUUUGCCGCUACAUAAGAAUAUUCCUUCAACACAAGAGCAGAAUAUGUCGCAUCCCUUGUCUCUUCAUAAACAUCCGCUGGUGAGCCAGAUCUCUCCAGCCACCCCGACAUCAGUGUCCACAUCACUCGCUACAUUGAGUACCAGUUCACACAGUCAUCUUCAGCCUGUUUCACUUCACAAAGCACCAAAUUACCAUAAUUUGCCACAACUCCUUCAUUAUCACCAGCACCACACAAGUUCCCAUCAACACCAGCAUAACCCCCAGCAACACUUGCAACAGCGGCAUCAUCAGCAGUAGAUAAUCAUCUGUAAAUCUAAGGUAUUCAUAGGUCUUUGUGACAAAGGCACUGAUAAGUUCAAGCAAGUCGAGGCACUAAUAGGUUUUUUGUAAAUUUAAGGUAUUGACAGGUUUCUGGCAAAUCUAAGGCAAUGAUAGGACUCUUGCAUAUUUAAGGCACUAAUAAAGUACAGUACUUGUGAACCUGAAACAUCAACAGUUCACUUGGGACCGAGGCAUUGGCAAGUUACCCAAUAAUCUGAGCUGUUACACUAAGGCAUUUUUUAGAUGCACGUUGUCUUAAUGAUCGAAUUAAUAAUUAAAUAAAAUUUGUAAAUUAGAAAAUGCACUCAGUUAUUGUUGAUAAGACCUUGGAAAUAUUUGCUACAAACUGAAAUUCCCCUUGAAGGUGCUGAAAGCCUACCUGUUCCACAAUAUUUAGUUUGAAGCUCAUUAAGGUCAGUAGAAAGAUAGGUAAAUGGAUAGAUUAUAAGGUUUCUUGUGUAUCAGGCCCUCGGAGUCAGAGGCAUAAAAAAGUCUCUUCAUACAUAUACAGUGCAGUACAGUACAGUACAGUACAGUACAGUACUCCUGUGUUGCUGAAGUGGUUAUAGUAUGGAAUGAAUAUGUUAGAGAAACACAGUUUUAUGAUGGAAAUUUAAACCUAACCAAUAUCUUAAACAACUUCUUUAGUCUACUUUGCUCUCUCUCCUCAUACACCUUUCCUUACUGUCUAUCACUUUUCGGCUCAGUUCCCAAGUAUACUUUGUUUUCCUUGGCACUGAAAAGUCUCUACUGACAGAUGAUACAGGUUGGAAACAUGGCUUUUCAGCAUGCACACCUAAUAAUAAUAAUACUGAUAUUAGUUCGUGUUUUAUUUAUCAGAGAUGCCAGUUCUGUUCAAGAGAAAAAGUCCAUAUGUGUUCAGUGUACAAAAUCAUUUAAUAGAUGGACUGCAAGGGCACAUUACAAUAUUGUACCAGCAACAAUUAUUUAAAAAUGCAUUAUCAUUAGAGCUUAAAAUCUUCAUUUAUCAACAGGAUCAAAUGUUGAUUUUUGAAAGUCUGUACCCAGUCCAGAUGCUGCGUGGAGAUAGGCAAUCAGUCGUACAAUUGAAAUGCUGUGUUGGAAAAAGAUUUAACAGCAAAGAAUAGUUGGGCUCUCAGCCAACAAUCUUAGUUGACAAAAGAGUGACAAAAUAUUUUGACUCGCAAAUCUUAUGGACUGGAAAGGUCAUUGUGCACAAUAUGAAUUAAGUUCUAGUUUUAAUAGAAAUCCAGUGCAAUUUUAUGAGCAAUGGAGUGGUGUGAGCUCUUGGUAGAAGUAAUUUAAUUAUCCAAGCUUAAUCAUUUUAUUCAGGGCAGAGAGGCCCUUCUUCAAUUGACACUUUGCAAGCUAACUCACAAAUAAUUACAUGACACUUGAGUACAGUAUCAGGAAACCAAAAUGCUUGGGACCAAGCCUUGCACCUUCUAAAUCCAGUGAACCAAAAUCAGCAACCAUAUUGCUCCAGAGAAAGAUUGUAUCAGUUUAAACAGUCAACUUCAGUUUUCUCCUUAUCGUCCAAAUGUGUAUGUUAGACAAAAGAGGUACAAAUUUGUCCUUUAUCCUCAUUCUUCAUUGGCUCAUAGGUCUUUAUAUCAUCCACAUAAAAGGGACAAUUAAAAUUAUGUCCCCUCAAUAAAGAGACAAAGCUGCAAGUAUAAAUGAUAAUUUUUUUUGAUCUCUUGGACCCAAAAUUUAUCUCAGUGUUACUCCAAACUACCAAGAGGCAGCUUUAGUUACCAAUCCUCUAACUACAACAUAUUGGAAAUGAUCUGAUAGAUAUGUCUGAAGUAUAGAAAGAGUGGAAUCAAAUGCCAAAAGUUGAGUCAUCAAGCAAUACUUAAUCAGAUUAACAGUAUUAAAAGGAGCUAAGAGUAUAUGGGAAUGAACCUUGUAGUGUAGUAUCACAUAAGGAGGCUGUCCAAUCAGCAAGUGAAUAAUCCCAGAAUAGUAGCAAUGCCAGUCUGCAACUGGAUGGGCCUUUGCUGCUCUCUUUGAGGAGGCAGGGGUUCCUGAAGCCAUUGCCAUAUUCAGAUGAUUUCACUCAUUGAUUGAAUAGCUGGGCAUACUUAUUUUUUCACAACUCUUCAUUUAUGCAUCAUCAUAAUGACUGAACAAUAGUAGAAGAGCUAACUGUAGCUAAUAAUCAUCUUCAGCCAUCUUGCCAAAAUCCUCAACUACCUUCAACCCUGUUUUAACAAUUGGUUAAUACACAGGGUGUCUGCUGGCCUGGAAAACCUGGAAAAGGCAGGGAAUUUAUUUGGGGCUGGAAAACCUGGAAAAGCCUGGGAAUAUUACGAAUAAACCUGCAAUUUGAUGUGAAUUCAGUUCAACUUCAAAAUAUUGUUAUUUUGGCAGCAAUCUUAUCAUAAAUUAAUGGUGUACAGUUGUAGAAAUGUGUUCCUACACCCUCUGUGGUAACCCGUGUCUCCAAACGGCCAACCUAUAUGACCUAUAGAAAACCCAUCCACCAAUCACGUCCAUCGUUACACGACCAAUACCCAUUCAUUCAUAAACAGUGAUACUACUACUGCAAUGUUGCCAUUUGGAGGCACAGGUUAUCACAGGGUGUGGAGGAACAUAUUUCUGCAACUGAACUAUAUACUGUGCAGUAAUAGGUAAGUAAUUAAACUUUUCAGAACAAUUGUUUGUGUACCUAUCAUAUUUCAUGUUAGCGAUGAAAUUACCAAAUAUUACAGGUUAUACCUACUAAUUCUGCAAUGAAUAUUGUCAGAGAUGAAUUAUUCUUAUAAUUAAGUGAUUUUAUUUAAAUGGAUUAUUCCACAUAUUAAUUAUGAGUCAUAUAUAGGUGGAUCAGGAGUGUGAUUUUUGGGUUUUUGCCAGAUUUCCAGCUUUUUUGGACCGUCCAGGUUGACCCACGUGAAUCACACAAAUUCGAAGAAAAAAUAUGGAUGGGUGGGGGGUGUCAAGGUCUUUGCUGAUGUUCAUCACUAGGCUUGGGGUGGGUCGCAAAUGGGUCUUCAAUUUCUUGAAUAAUAUCAUUUAUGUCAUCUUUAAAUUUUCCAAUAGUAUACGUAUACAUAUUAUUGAAAACAUCUAAUUUUGUUAUUCUGUCUUCAUAAAUACCAAUUUAACGUACCUGUAAUUUUUCAAAUUUGCACCUGGAAAACCUCCAUACUAAUAUAAACCAUAUAUAUUUUCAUAUUUCAAUCAUCAUCUCCCCACCAGUUUCUCACAGAAACUCUGGUUUCCCCAGGUAAUAACCUUCAUCCAACUUAAGUUAUAACUAUAUUCAUCUCUGUCUUUUUCCAUUAAGAGGGAGGCACAUCUAUUCUGAUGUCUCCUGCUUCCAUCAGCCAAACCCUUAGGCCACCCCUUCCCCCCAAAUAUGAUAUGCUCUAGCUUAAACUUUCACUCCCCAAAAUAACGAAUCUUUAUCUAUUGCAUUUACAUGGUUCCCCAACUAUGCUGAUCCUGGACUCAUGACUUCUUAACUGCUUGUGUAUGGGGUCCCCUCUGAGCUGAAUAAAAUCAUCUGGUGUUAGCUAAAUAUUGUAGAAUAUUUGAAGUGGUGUCCCCGAAGUGAAGGGUUAAUCUCUGAAAUUGAAAGCAUUGUGUCCUCCAGUCUCUCUACUGAAGUUACUUUCUUGGUGAUUUUAGUGUAUGGAAUACUUGCUGGCUCACCUACACUUGAACAUACAGACAAACCAAUGCAGAAGUCUUUAAAUGAAGAAUGACCUCGCCCAGCUAGUUCGUAACCCAGCAUGAAUCACUGACCACCCUGGAAACAAAAUGAUCUCUUCUUCACAAGUGUUCUCCUGAUCACUUGUCUUAUUUUUGCACACACACUAUUUGGCACUAUGGUAGAGCUGACUGGGAUAGUUUAAGGGAAUUUUAACUACAAUUUACUUGCAACUUUUAGCAUGGAUCCAUGCAAAAUAUUGUCUUGCAUAUUCUGUCAGGUAGUGUACCACCCUUAGAAAUUAUAGACAUCCUAAUCUUCUUCAUUAAGCCCUUCACUACGUUUAAUGUUUAUUUGGUUAAUGCCAGACGAUUUCAUUCAGCACAGAGACCUCUGAACACAAGGCAACAGCUUGUGGAAGUUGUCAGUGUCAUCAAGUGUAGUUAGUAGUCAUUUGUUUGCACUCAGCAAAGGAUUCCAUGGUAUCCACCUUUGGAUCAAAGCAUACUAGCUCUAGAACAACUAUAAUUUGGGCAGUUAUUGGGGCUACAAAGGUUUAGAUGAGCAGGUUUAGCUUGAAUGUGAGCCAGCUCCACUUCAUGCCAGGUUUGUGCUCUUUACGUGCUAUUCAUGUGUGGUCAGUGUGUUCUUCAGGCAGCAAUCAGUCACUGAUUUUCCUCAUUGAAUUUUAUUGCAUGUUUGCAUCGUUCAUUCUAGAGUUAGCUCUGGUCAUAUUACUUGAAAACUAAUCCCCAGAUUAUACAGUUGAUAAAUAUGAAAUGAUGGAUAAAUUUAGGCUGUACAUGGGCUGACAAGGUAUGGGGUCAUCAGCACUUACUUAACGAUGCCCAAAACAUUUAGGACAGGACAUCUACUCCCCAUCUUAAAAAAAAAAAAUGCCUUUAUUAUCUGGUCCUUUCAAAAAAAUUCAGUCACACGUUUUCAUCUAAUACUGUUCCCCAAAAGUUGUGAUCUGUCCUCUUCUCUAUUUAUUGUCACAUACCUUUCACUUUGAUCAACUCCAAAGUCAUGGAAUUUUAUCAUAAACCAACUACUAUAUGAAUACAGUACUGUAGAACACCAACUCCUUUCUGGCACCCAGUUUGGUGUUUGUUCCAGCCAUUCCACUGGCAUGUCUGCCUUCACUAGGAGCAUUGCUCACAAUCUAAAGCUAUUCUCCUCAUUAAUAAUGUGUUCCUUACCUAGUCUGCAUCUCCCCUCAUGCCAGAUGAUCCAUAUUUUCACUGUCUUAUAUAAUUCUAUUUCCAUGAUCAGUGUACCAGUGAAAUCCAAUCCAUUAUCCACCCACCUUUCAACCCCAGUUGCAUCAUGUCAUUUCUUAUACAGGUAUUUCCAAAUUAAAUAUCCAUGGUGUACUUGGCAAGAAUAAUUAGAAAAUAAGUGGCUUUGCUGUUAAUGAAACCCCUGCUUCACAAGGGUGAAAAGCUAAUGGACCUUAAAUAUUCAGUGACAACCCUGGUCACUCCCAGAGGUCUUUUAUGGAAGUAUACCUGUAUUGAAGGAUAGUAUGUGUUGGGUGAAUGUCAGGCAUGUGUUGAGUAGAGGAAUUAAAGUGUUAAGAAUAGUUUUUGUCAGUUGUAUUGUCCUUUAAAGGACACUAUGUCAUGUGUAUCUCCCCUAGUCCAUCAUAGUGGUAAAGAAAGAAAUAAAAAAGAAGUUAAAGUGUUGUGAACCUGUGCAAAGGGGGUAUGAAGAUGUAUGAAAGAAAGUUAACUUAAUUAGAGAUAGAGAAA